GCGGCCCGGCCCCGCCGCCGCCGCGGGUGAAAGGGCGGCCGGGUGGCGGCGGCGGCGGCAGCGGACAUGGCGGUGCUGCUGCGCUGCGGGGUGGCGGGCGGCCGCCGGGGGCUCCGGGCCGUGCUGAGGUGCGAAACACUGUGUUCCAGAUGGUGCCUCGUAACGUCUCAUAAACUGUAUUCAUCUGUGUAUGAUCCAAAUGAAAAGACUUUUGAAAAACUCCUUAUUGCCAACAGAGGAGAGAUUGCAUGCCGAGUCAUCAAAACAUGUAAGAAGAUGGGGAUUAAAACGGUUGCCAUACACAGUGAUGUCGAUGCCAAUGCUGUUCAUGUGAAAAUGGCGGAUGAAGCUGUCUGUGUUGGCCCAGCUCCCACCAGCAAAAGCUACCUCAACAUGGAUGCCAUCAUGGAAGUCAUUAAGAAAACCAGGGCCCAAGCUGUACACCCAGGGUAUGGAUUUCUUUCAGAAAAUAAAGAAUUUGCUAGACGUUUGGCAUCAGAAGGUGUCACCUUCAUUGGACCUGACACACAUGCUAUUCAAGCUAUGGGAGACAAGAUUGAAAGCAAAUUGUUAGCCAAGAAUGCAAAGGUCAACACGAUCCCUGGCUUUGAUGGAGUCGUCAAGGAUGCAGAUGAAGCUGUCAGAAUUGCAAGGGAAAUUGGCUACCCUGUCAUGAUCAAGGCCUCAGCAGGUGGUGGUGGGAAAGGCAUGAGAAUCGCUUGGGAUGAUGAAGAGACCAGGGAAGGUUUUAGAUUUUCGUCUCAAGAAGCUGCUUCAAGUUUUGGUGAUGAUCGCUUACUGAUAGAAAAGUUCAUUGAUAACCCUCGUCACAUAGAAAUCCAGGUUUUGGCAGAUAAACACGGUAAUGCCUUGUGGUUGAAUGAGAGAGAGUGCUCCAUCCAAAGGAGAAACCAAAAAGUUGUGGAGGAAGCACCGAGCACUUUCCUAGACCCUGAAACUCGAAAAGCAAUGGGAGAACAAGCAGUAGCUCUUGCCAAAGCAGUAAAAUAUUCCUCUGCUGGAACAGUAGAAUUCCUUGUGGACUCCAGUAAGAAUUUCUACUUCUUGGAAAUGAAUACUAGACUUCAGGUUGAACAUCCCGUCACAGAAUGCAUUACCGGCCUGGACUUAGUCCAAGAAAUGAUCCGUGUUGCUAAGGGUUACCCUCUCAGACACAAACAGGCUGAUAUUCCCAUCAACGGUUGGGCGGUUGAAUGUCGAGUUUAUGCUGAGGACCCCUACAAAUCUUUUGGCUUGCCAUCCAUUGGUAAACUGUCUCAGUACCAGGAACCAUUGCACUUGCCAAGUGUACGUGUUGACAGUGGCAUACAACAAGGAAGUGAUAUUAGCAUUUAUUAUGAUCCUAUGAUCUCAAAACUGAUUACCUAUGGCUCUAAUAGAGCUGAAGCACUGAAAAGAAUGGAAGAGGCUUUGGACAAUUACGUAAUUCGAGGUGUGGCUCACAACAUUUCUUUACUGCGAGAAGUGAUAAUUCAUCCACGCUUUGUUCAAGGAGACAUCAGCACGAAAUUCCUUCCUGAAGUCUAUCCUGAUGGUUUUAAAGGACACAAGUUGACAGAUCUUGAAAGAAGAGAACUACUGGCAACAGCAGCAUCUUUGUAUGUGGCUGAACAACUGAGAUCACAGCGAUUUCUAGGUACUCCAAGAAUCCCUAUUGCUAAAUCAAAGCGAAGUAGCUGGGAGCUCUCUGUGCAUCUAGGAGAUGGAGUUUACCCAGUCACAGUUUCAAAGGAUGGCUCAUCAUUUUCUGUGGAAGUUGAUGGGAUGAAACUAAACGUGACCAGCGAGUGGAACCUGGCUUCACCCUUAUUGUCUGUCACCGUUGAUGGCACUCAGAGGACUAUACAGCGACUUUCUCGGAAUGCCUCUGGAGAUACAAGCAUUCAGUUUCUAGGCACAGUGUACAAAUUACAAAUACUGACGAAGGUUGCUGCUGAGCUGAGCAAGUACAUGCCAGAGAAAGCAGCAGAGGACACCUCCAGCAUUUUGAGAUCUCCCAUGCCUGGAGCAGUGGUGGCAGUUUCUGUCAAGCCUGGGGACACGGUUUCAGAAGGUCAAGAGAUUUGUGUAAUUGAAGCAAUGAAAAUGCAGAACAGUAUGAUUGCUGCUAAAACAGGCAAGGUGAAAGCUGUGCACUGCAAAGCUGGUGAUACUGUUGGUGAAGGAGAUCUGCUGGUGGAACUGGAAUGAAAGGUUGCCUCCACACUGUUGAAUUAGUAUGCCUUUAUUGUUUUCAUCCAUAAAGUAAGACUAAGGCAAUCCAACACAGAAAAUGGACAGUCCUAUGUGCAAGAUUUUAUACAAUUGUAUUUAUUGUAUCAGUGGUUAAGACAGCAAACACAGAUGUUAAACCUUGGCAAGUGAUCCCAGAUUUUUACUUCCAGAAAUACUUGUACAUAACCUUUGUAAUUCUUUGAUUUUUCAGGAUCAAAUAAAAUCAAUAAAAUACCAUUACUGCUUUAAAACAGGAAAAGCCUCUUUUUUUAAAAAAAAAAGGAAAACACAACAAAAGCCUGAAUCUGAUUCAUCUUCUCCAUGGUAACAUCACUGGUUUGAGGGCCCAGCCAAAUUGUACAGAACGGUUGGUAAGAGUGAAAAACGAACCACUGAGUGGUUAACCGAGCAGUUUUCCUACGCUCUGUGUGAGUGCUGAACGAGUACUGCCGAUGGCUUCAAUUCUGAUCAGACUUAUUGUAGUAUUUUGAAGCCUUGGUAUAGACCAGAUGUAAAUUACAGGUUAGAUGGUCCAUUUUGCUAGUGCAGACUUUCCCCAUGUAUUUUCAUUUACAGUUGUAGAGGGAGUUUUCUUCUUUUAUUCGGACUCCAUACUCAACUUCCACCCCCCCCACCCCCUUUAUCUUCUUUCAGUUGAUUACUGGAUGAGAGUCCUUACAGGAGGAGCUGGCACUGUCCUUGAAGCCCCUUAGCUGCCCCCAGGGCAGUGCUAGAGGCACCUGCUGUCCCUCAGGCCCAGCCUCCUCCUGAAAUCUUACAGGAAGGGGAGCUCAGGAGCUCAAGCGUCUGAUCUUUUGUUGUGCAGAGGCUUUUGCUAAAGACUCUGUGAGAAACUAGGCCUGUUCGUAACACAAGACUAUCAUCCUGCGGGAAAAGCUGCGUAUCCAGUGUAGGAAACUAGAGAGGCCGAGGAGAGGAGGAAGAUUUGAAACACGAACAGAAGCGAGAGCUGGUGACUUGGUCAGAACAGGUAAGAGGGUGUAUUUUUUUUGCCUCCUCCCUCUGGACCUCCGUGCCCCUGGAGGGUGGAGAUACCAGAAGUUUGCUGGGUUCAGAAUGUUAGCCCGUGGUUAACAAGAGACUCUUUCUCCCAUUAAUUGAUCUAGCUCAGUAAGUCAGCAGCUGCAGCUCACUAGAGGCAGCGAUACCCCCGCAGUCCCUGCACACCCUAAGCAUCACCUCUGUCCCUGUGCUCUCGCCUGCGCCUCCGCGGCCGCCCACCCCUGGGCCGGCACCCUGGGCUACUCCUGCCUUAGUCUCACCUCCUGCAGCUGGUUCUUCUUUACAUACCUGUAAGUCACUGUUCCUGCUGUGCCUUGACCACUGCUCCAGUGAGGAAGGGGGGCUGCUCUCAUUUUCUUGCCUAGGAUGUGCAGAGUCAUGCUACUCCCCAGAAAAACCCCUCUGGCCAGAGGUGCCCCAGCCCUUUACCGGAAGGUGAAGGACAAAAACAGUCUGUGACAGGGCUGGUGACUCACGGUUCAACCAGAAAGGUUCAUGAUUCUGCUUGAAACUUCUGAUUGAAGAGGCAUUUUGUCAUGUUACUGUGAUGCUGCCAGCCACAUCACACGGCCAAGGGGGAAUUAUGUAGUACAGGGGUCUGCUUUGUUAACUGGUUUACAAAAUCCAUCAAAGAUGAGUAAGGGGAGUGUUUGGGUAGUACUUGCCCUCCGGGAAAAUGAAUGCUUUUGCAGUUGGAGAAACUGAGGCAGACACCCUGCAGAUCUUCCUACCAAUCUCCAUAAUGCCAUCUUGCCCUUUCCUAGAAGAACACAGUUCAGCUUCUGCAGGUCACCCUAAACAGAAAACAAAUAUUGUGAACCGACACAAGUAUUCUAUUUUAAAAUGACUUGAUUUGUUUACUGCAGCAACACAAGCUUUCUGUCUGUUUUUCUAAACGAGAUGCAGCAGUGCCUACUCCCGAUAAAAGUUCAGGCUGAUGAUUCCCUACCCUGAUCUCCUCUGGCCGUCACAGGGCUACUGGCAGCAGAGCAAAAGUACGAUAUUGUUUUAAUGGUAUCCUUAGUACAUUUAAUCAUACUUCGGCUCACUGCAUGGCAUACAUUCCCUGCUCACAUCCCUUUGGCUUCUUUGUAUACUGUACAAUCUAUAUGUACCAAACACUGCAGUUGAAGGAAAAUACAAGGCACAGGAGCGUAGCAACAGAAAGCCAUGAUUUUCCCAGAUUGUACAGACACCAGCACAGUUGGUUGGGUCAAGGGGACAAUAGUCUUCUUUCCAUUUGUUUUUUUUUUUUUUUUUUUUCUGCCUGCAGUUUAAAUAUUGCAUUAAUCACAAUACAGGUCCUUUGGAUAUUUUUUAUAAUGUAUAUAAAAAUCUUUCCCCUGCUAGGAAAUUCAGUUUGCAUACGGUUGCAAGUUCUGCAUUAAAGUGCUUGGCAAAAAGUCACCUUGACAGUAAGUGCUCACAACAGCUGCAUCCGCUGUAGCAUGGUGGGCAGCUGAAAUCAAGUUUGCUUUUCCUGGUCCCCAACACCACCCGCACCCCCCACAGCCCCCCCAAAUCCUACAGUCACUCAGUGAACUGAAGUGGUAGCUAAAGUGCUUAGAAUGCUAAAUUAAAAGUAUUUUAAAUGUAAUCCUCUUAAUCUGUUUUAAUAUUUCUUCACAGUACCUUAUAAAACUAAACAUGUUUUAAAAAUACUCCUUUCCAGUGCAGAAAAGCGUUGCAAGACAGAGUGAGAACAGUCUUUAAAUUUUCUCUAUUUCUCCAGCAAUUUCAAAUUUGUCUUGAAGUGCAUAAUAUCUAUAUGGUCAUCUCUGUUUACAUUCAGUAACCUACUCAACACCAUUACAAGUCAAUACGCGAGUUGUGCAUUACUUUGCAGACAUGAUUUUUGUAAAUCAGUUUCAGCUAUUAGUGCAAUAUCAUCAUCAUUAUUAUUCCACCCACCUUGGAGAACUACACAAGAAAAUUUGUCAAUUCAGGUAAAAAAAAAAAAAAAAAAAAUUAGUCAGUUCCUCUGCUUUUCACUGACCUCAGUCAUGCACUGAGGCAAAGGCAGGGAUUGA